AUCUAUAGGAUGUCUUUUACAAGAGAGAAAUCAUUCUAAAUAAGCACGUGGCAAUAUAGCAAUAUUUUGCAUUUUGUAUUGGAUUAACAUUCCAUUUUCAACUGAUUUAAAUAGUUAAUUGUAGUAUACUGUUAAACAAAAAUUUAAUUUAAUGGCUGAAAGUGAAGUCAGCACGUUAGCUUUUUUUUCUUUAAAAGUAUCCGAUUUUCAACUAAUUCUCUUUAUUUGACUUUUCUUAGAGAAUGUGAAAUAAUGGCUGUGAGAGAGAUUUAUGAAGAGUUGAAAGUGGAAAAGUAUGAUUCGGCGUGGAAAUUAAAAAUCUUAUUGGAACCAAGGGUGAAUCAUGAUGAGCAAAAAAAUGUUUGCGCCCAAGUUGUUAUCGAUUUGUCAGCAGAGUAUCCUAAUGAAAAACCUCAAGUUUCCUUCGAAACCAGUCGUGGCCUAUCAGAUGAGAGACUAUCAUUUAUCCUUGAAAAUUUACAAUCGUUCUUAGAAUUAAGAAUAGGCCAUCCAGUGAUAUUCGAUUUACUGCAGCACCUUAUAGACUAUUUGGAUUCAAACCUACCGUGCACUCCAUGUUUACUGUGCUUAGAUCAUUUCAAUGAAUCUAAUCGUGUAUUUAAAACUGAAUGCUUUCAUUUCUUUCAUGCUUCUUGUUUCAUUCGAUAUGUUAAACACCAGGAGCGAGAAAAAAAAACUCAGAACACAAAGCAAAGAAAAAAAGAGAAUCCAGAGCUAUUGUGUCCAAUCUGUCGACUAAAGAUAUUAUAUAACGAAGAACUUUCUAAUUUGAUGGAAUCAAAUACUUUAAACUCGGAGGAGGAUGUAAUCUUUAAACCUACCGAAGGAUUUAUCAAUUGGAAGAGGCAACAAGAAAAACUUUGGCCAAUAUACCUUAAACAAAAAAGGAAGGGAGGUAUUAUAAAUGUUAAAGAAAACAAAACAAAAUAUUUAAUAAAAGCUGACACGAUUAUAACUAAAAAACAUGAUGAAAAUGGCGACAGCAAUAACAAAAACACAGUCAAAAAUCAGACGAGGCAAAGAAAUAAGUCAACUUCAACUAAUUUUAAAGAUAUUGGUAGUAAUUGUAAUGUAUCAAGUGGCAUGCAAAGAAGAAAGAGCUUUCCUUUUAUUCUCUCUACAAUCGUAUUAGAGUCUAACUAUAUUGAACACUUUUUUUCGGCAAACUUUUCUCAGUAUGAUGAAUCUACUAUAUUAUCCGAAACCGAAAUAUAUCGAUUGAAACAUUCAACUUCCGCUGAUAAGACAAUGAAUACUUCAAUCAACUUAAUAAACGAGCAGCUGAAGAGAGCUGCAGCAAAUAAUCGAAAAACUAGUCAAGAAAUGAUUAAGGAUAAAAGACCGAAUAAAGGAAAGACUUCUGACUCAUACAAGCAGUUUUCCAAUUUUAGAGGGAGUGGUAGAAAUUUGGGUUCUCGUCGUAAAAACUAUUCCCGUUCGCAAAAACCUCACUACAACAAAACACACGACAAUGAUAAAACUACUAAAACGACAGAUGCGCAACCAACUGAAGAAUUUAAAGGAAAACAAUAUGAAUUGAACUCUGUAACUGGCCGAGGCAAAAGGCAUUUCUAUACGAGACAUAAUCACAACUCAGGACAAGGACGUAUAAAAGCCUCUCAGGCAUGCUAUCCCACUAAUAAUGGUCGAAAUAGUGAGAAUGAUCAUCGCGAAGAAAGCAGGGGCGGGCAACGCGCGCCAAGGUCAACUUAUAGGGGACGGGCAAGGGGAAUGGGAAGGGCUCGAAAUGAUAGAAAAUUUAAUAAAGAUGUUACUAUGGAUAAGGUUAAAAACUAA